AUGUCUACUACUACCGGGGCGUUUAUCGCGGGAGGUCUGGCAGCGUGCGGUGCGGUCACGGUUACACACAGCUUCGAAACCGUUAAAAUUCGUCUUCAGUUGCAAGGAGAGCUUCAGUCAAAGCAGGAAGCAGUGCGCAAAUACAAGGGCGUUUUUCACGGUGUCAGAGUCAUUCUCCAAAACGAAGGAGCUCGGGGCCUCUUCCGAGGGAUCGGAUCAGCAUAUAUCUAUCAGGUCCUCCUUAAUGGCUGUCGUCUUGGGUUUUACGAACCUCUUCGGGUAGGCGUCACGAAAGCGAUUUACAAAGACCCAGCCCACCAAUCCCUCGGCAUAAAUGUCUUUUCGGGAGCUGCAUCGGGCAUCUUGGGUGCUGCCGCCGGAUCUCCCUUUUUCCUAGUAAAAACACGACUCCAAUCGUUUUCUCCAUUCCUGCCUGUAGGUACACAGCAUAUGUAUAGAAACUCCGUGGAUGGACUACGCCAAAUUCACAGAGGUGAGGGCGUGAGAGGCCUAUAUCGUGGAGUUUAUGCCGCUAUGGUCCGUACCGGAUUUGGUAGCUCGGUGCAACUACCUACAUAUUUCUUCGCAAAACGGCGGUUGAUAAAACACCUCGGAAUGGAAGAUGGCCCUGCAUUGCACCUGGCGAGUAGUGCCUGUAGCGGCUUCGUCGUCUGUUGUGUUAUGCACCCUCCUGAUACCAUCAUGUCGCGAAUGUAUAACCAAACCGGAAACCUCUACAAGGGUGUUUUUGACUGCCUCUACAAGACCAUCAGUAAAGAAGGUGUUCUUGCGAUAUAUAAAGGAUACUUUGCUCACUUGGCACGUAUUCUACCCCAUACGGUUUUGACCCUGAGUUUGGCCGAACAAACCAACAAACUUCUACGGAGAGUAGAAGACCGCAUCAUACCAGAAUCAGUCAGGGAAAAAAUGUAG